AUGUCGACAAUCGCAUGGACCAUAACCAGCACGAAGCAUAAGACGAAAUCGACAACCCCGGCAUCUCGAAAACGGCAGCAACUCAGUGGCAUUCAAGGCAGGUCCAACACUCGACUCACAAGGAGUCAACAGACUCUGACCCAAGCCCAGUGGGUAACUUGUCUUCCUCCUAGCUACAAUGAAGAUGAUAUGCGACCUCUAGAGUUCAACUUGGCGCAAAAGGUCCCAUCGAAGAAGGAUCCUCGUUCACUGAAGCAGCGCGAUUCCACUUUAACCCAGAUGGAUUUUUUCAAUUUGCCGUCGCCGGGCGAUCAGGAGAUAAAUGAUACAAUGCUUCGCCCUAUCACUGAAGCCAAUCGAUGUAGCCCAAUCCCACAGCUUGACGGAACCUAUAACAGUCCCAAAAAGCACAGACCGCGCAAGUCAAUCUCGACCGCAGCGCCAUCCAAGCGGAGGAAUACGACAGCCAAUCCAGAAAGUCGAGAAUACCAACCUAGAACAAGGAAGAGGAAGGCUGAUGCCACUGAGCACGAACACCCGGUCUCUCGAAGAAGGACAUCUACACGUCUCGCAUCGAAGAAUGAAGCGCUCACAGAUCCGGUCGAAAACUUCAAUUAUUUUGAGGAGGCGUUGACGGAGCAUUCACAAAACCCCCAAAAAGUCCACGAAGAGGGGAAUCUCAAUUCCAUCAUGGAGAUUGGUGACUCCGAUGAUGACGGCGUUGAGGAGGCCACCCCGACCACCGUUUCGGAGCGGCGAUCCAUUGUUUGGCCACAAACUCCAAAGAAAACCCGCAGCAUCGUUCCGUCAAGCCAGUCUCCAGAAAGCUUACCUCCCAGUACUCGAAGAACGGACCGAAAUGCACAUGCAACUCCGGCAUUGUCUCGGCGGACUCCGCUAAAGGAACGACCGGUGAAUAUUCCUCCGGUGGAUCUUUCCAAGAGUUCUUUCAAAAAGCCACGACAAACUCUCAAGCGUGUGUCGCCUAAGAGCAAAGUUGUCGUUUUGAAACUUCCGAAGCGAAAAUCAUCUCGACAGAUUUCCCGUGUUGAGGACUCACAGGCAGACAUUUGGUCCAUCCCUGAGUCUUCUUCGCCCGAAGAACUGAGAGACAAAGCGAAGCCGACGAAUUUUUCCGCGCCUCGAGCGGCCCAUGGGUCGUUGAGUGACGCGGAGAUCCCAGCCAGCAGCCAGAGACGGGAGGCCCAAUCGAGUCCACCAGAGGCUGGCACCCAGGAUACGAUACCAAGUCUCGGUGGAUCCGUAACGGAGCAGAACGCUCGUGACACCGAGACCGAAAGUACGAGAAAUCGGGGAGUUACGCGGGUGGUUUUUCAAGAGCAUCCAGACACUACCGCCGUUCGAGACUUUGCCUUCAAUCCUAUAAAUCGGAAAAUUGAUGAAGAAAGCAAUGACGGAUGGGUACAAGUUCCGUCAUCUCCGAGAUAUUUGGAACCUAGGCCAGCAACAUCCAACAGCACGGAACAAAUUAUUCAGGAUGAUGUUGACGACCAUGAUUUUGGCUCCCUAAUCGCCAAUGAUACACAAUUCAAUAUCCAGGUACAGCAUCGUAUAUCUUCGCCGCCUCCUCCAGCUAGGCCGCAAUCUCCGGAGCAGUUGGAAGUCCCUGUUCCGGCCGCUUUCCGGACUCCCCGUCGACCGUUUACCAGCCUAAGAGACACUGCUUCCCGGGCGGCUGUUCUUGAUGAUGAAGCAGCACCACAAUCACCCCUUCCACUACCCAGACUCGUUGAGCAGUCUACUGGGAAGGUUCUGCCAAAGCCUACCAGGCCACCCAGUGAUGAUGAUUCUGAUGAGGUAGCCCUACCCAAACCCGCUCGGAUCCAUCGAUCAAGCACCCAGGCCUCAACCACCAAGGUGCCUCUCAACGAUGUGUCGCAGCAGCUAUCCUUAUCUCCACUGCCAUCGACGAAGUCCGUAACUCAGAAAUCGAUUCGACCUGCCUCCAUGCCACAUCCCUCGCAGAUCUCCACUCAGGAAGCGACACAAGGGUUCUUACACAUGUCGUCUUUCCCCCAGCCAAAUGGCGAAGACGACAUCGACAACAAGCCUGAGAAUAUCACGGUCAAGGAUUCCAGUUCCUGCCGAGUUCAAAUGAGCCAGUUGCCUCAAUACACCACUGAAAACCAAGCGCCCCUAAACGUCGGUCUGAGCCCGAAUGAAGUUCUCGACACUGAAGACGAAGAAGACCUCGAUCUCGACCCGCCUUCACUUCCACAACAACCCGCUCGACUCUCAUUCGACCAUUUCAACCCUAAAUUCCCAUCACCCAAUCGGGCGAAGAUUCGCGUUGAAGUCCCUGCAGUGGUGAAAGGAAAAGCCCCAGAACAGGGCCAGCAAGAAAAUGCUACGCAUGAGCCAGAAAUUUCUCCAUCCCAUUUACAAGGCCGCCAACCCCCGCAACCUGUCGAAUCACCCAUUCAAUCCUCCUCUUCCCAGUCAAUUUCGCCUGUGUCUUCACCAAACCUGCCUCCUUUGCAGAGACAAUAUUCCCCGAUCCCGGGCUUCAACAACGAGACACAAUCCAACUUUACGCAGAGCGGACAUGUUACUGCAGCGUAUAUCCAUCGGCAGCGACAGGCAGGUAUUUUGCCAAAAUGGUUUGUCCCAACGCCUUAUCAGGUUCCGGGGUAUACUAGGAGGAAAUGA